AUGUCGGUUCUGUUCGAAAGGAAGUUGGUCCCCACGGACCUGAUGACGUUUGCGGACGCGAACUUGAUCCUUGUCUUUGGGUUCAUCAUCUUCUUCCUUUGGUUUCUCCGGCUGUUGAGGUUGAACAUCUCAGUCAGCACAGGGCAGGUCGUAGAUGAGGUCGUUCGUCUACAAACAACCUCCAUGACAUUCCAGGAGCGUGGGGGCCUGUUUGGUGAAAUCCGCAUGUUAUGGAGAACGAACAUGCAACAACAGUUGCUGCGAGCGAGGAGGAUUUGUUCUCCUAUCGAUGUGAAUGAACUGGCCAUCCCUUUCAGCGUCGAGAAGAGCAGCAUCACGGUAAAGCUGUCGGCUCGUGGGCCGAAUAUCAAUGACGCGCUGAGUGGUGUGACGAGGGUGAACUUCAAGUAUCUUGAUAGCGCUGUUGAAGGAGCGAGGCUAACGGAGUGUACUAGGUUGUGGCGGUCAGAGGUUCCGUUGAGAUGUAACUGGAUCGAACUCAGGAUCUUGUAUCAAGAGAAUGUUGUUACCCAUGGGCGGAAGAAGAAGAGGAUCUUUGGAAGGAGAUACAUAUCAGUCAAUCAAGAUAGAGAAACACACAGAUCAUUUGAAUUUGAGAUGGAGAAGAUAGACACGAUGCAUGGUUCAGAAACAAUCGAGGUCGAGCCUAGGAAUAACCAAGCCCCUCUGUUUACGGACAAUCAUUGCUGUGCGAGGUUCGCCGACCGAAUGGAUGAGCUGGGAGGGUUCGACAUCCCUUUCAAUUGUUCUGUUGGUUUGAAAAUUCUCCAGGGCAAUGUUCAGACGUCUGAAUUGCAGCUCUGCCCGCAUUCUCAGCACCCCGAUGCUCAGGAUGGGCAGGAAACCUCUCCCUCUCCCUCUGCUAAUCGAUCAAGGGCUCGAAAUGCUGCUGCAAACAAUGAGGCCAGCUCGCAUGCAAACGAGGAAGGAGGAAACGGCGGAGACGCGACCUUCACCCUCCUGAUCGCUGCAAAAGCACUCGGUCUCGGUGAGGAGAUGCAUGAAUCGGCCGCUCACAGGGGGCAGGGCAAAGAUGCGGAGUCAGUGAAUCUCGUCCUGGUAGUGUUGCAAGAAUCAAAGAAUGCCAGUCAAGAUGGCAGCAAGACUAUGAAUGUCAUGAAGCAGAUUAUCUUGACCAACAAGGCAGCAUACACCUCCCAAGAGAUCUUUGGUUGCAGCGAGUCAGAAGAUGACGGGCAGGAAGAUUGCGUCAUCUGCUUGAGCGAACCCAAGGACACAACUCUCCUUCCUUGUCGCCAUCUCUGCGUGUGCCAUAGCUGCUUCUCCCGCCUUGAGCUAUGUCCUGUCUGCCGCUCGCCCUUCACCGCUUAUCUCCGACAAGUGAAGGAGGGGGAGGGGGAGGGUGAGGGUGAGGAGGAGGAGGAGAGGGUCGUCUGUGAAACAGCAGACGACAAUGCCACGGAGCACGCGAGGGCCGACAAUCGCGAUGAGGCUCAACCCGCAGAUGAUCAGCACGGGAGAGGACGCGGGAGGUGGACUGUGAGCGCGGCGACUGGCAGUGAUCGGGUGAGAGGCACGACGGCGGAGGUUAACAGCAAAGACUACGAGUCUGUCUUAAGGUACUCGGCUGAGUGA